AUGUGUGUGUUGUACUCUUCCUUUUGUUUUGUAGCUUUUGUGUACGGUGGGGGAUCUUAUUGCGCAGUUCCGAGGGAAAGGGCGAGUUUCUUCCUUGGUGGUCGUGGGAGAUGGAAGUGGGGAGCUCGUCUCGUCGUCAAAUGCUCGAAUGUUCAUCAUCGUUGCGGCUCUAUGCCAGGGAAAGCUGCGUCCGCUGCCGACUGCCUCGUAACACAAGACCGUGGACAAUCUAGUUACUCCCGGGACAUGCGAGAAGGCUUGAAGAUACUACGAACAAGUGUUCUCCGCCUCCGAGGAUGA